CAGGAAUCGCUUGGAGUUGAUCAGAUACCAGUUACAUUACAAUUACGAGUGUUACGAAGAGUUUUAAAGAGACUGUAUUUUUUUUUAAAAUAAAAAAAUGAUUAUCUAUAAAAAAUCAUCCAUAAUUUUGAUACUACUAUUUUCAAUAAAUUUUUUAAAUUGUAUUUGUGAUAAAAUGAAUAGUAAAGAAUCAGAAAGCACUCUCGAAAAAUUAGUUAAACUUUUCACAGAACCGGGAGCAUUUAAACGUGUGGGUGAAAUAUUUGGAGAAAAUUCAAUUGACGAAACUGUAUCGUGUGCUAAAGGUGAUGAAGGUCUCGAUUGCAGAAGAGCCGAAGCACGAAGAUCUGUUGAUUGUCCUGACGGUGAUUGCUACUGUUACAAUUGUUCAGUAGCUGGUCCAGAAUUAUGGCCAUCAUGUUGCCGUGAGAGCUCGAAAUGCUGUUCUUAUUUGGCAGCUGCUUGUCGCAAUUGUGAUCAACCUUCGUUGUUUUCUUUUUGCUCAAAGCAUUUUAAAAAGUGUUUAAAUGAAUUCAGAGAGAGCACGAUGACUACGGAAAGCAGUAAUCCAUCGUUAAGUGCAAACACAUAGUAUGCAAUUCCAAGUUUACAUACAUGUACUUAUAUAUGUAUGAGUACAUAUGUAUUAUAUGUUCACGUUCGACAGAGAAAAUUAUUAAUUCUCCGGUAAUCAAAUUUCGAAACCCUGUUGAUUAAAUACAGUUGCAUAAGAGCGUUAGUUUGAAUUUCCAUAUAUGUUUGCACCGGCUCUUACUUGACUGGUGUCUGUACCUGGAAAUUAAACUCACUUAUUUAACAAGACAUUGCAUUAAUUAGUUACUUAAAUAUUUAAAUAUUAAAUUAAAUGAAAUUUUUUUUUAUUGAAUUGUUUACUUGAUAAUUAGUCAUUUUUUAAGUUUAAAAAAAUUGUUUUUAUAAAUAAUAAUAAUUAAUUAUCUGUAUUAUUAAGAGAAUAAGGAAAAUUUUGUUCCCGCUAUAUUUAUAUGAUAGAAUUAAUUAAUGUUAUUGAAAUUGGUAUCAUUAGAUAGGUCUUGACUUGAAUUUGUGCCUUUUCAUACUUUAAACUCUUUUUAAUUGCCAAGUAUUCAGAUAAAUAGAUUUAUCUAUAUCAUUCGAAUUACAUUUAAAUUACGCGGGAAAAAAGACGAUCAUAUUUAUUUUCUUUGAAUAAAUUAAUACUUUAAUUAUUCUGUCACUAAAUAUGACUGAAUGUCACUGAAUAUAUAGCUAUAUUAUUUAUAUAGCGUUACUUAUUCCAAAAUGACAGAUUUUUAUACUCCCUUUUGGUUUUUGGAAGCUUCUCAAAGCCAAAAAAGUGUGCAUAGAAAAAAAAUGGAUUCAUUGACACAAAAAAUCUUUACUCGCCUAAAGAAAAUUUUGACUUACCCCAAUAAAUUUUUUGCAUUGUGAAUUGAAAACAAAAAUUUAUUUAGAACUAGAAAAAAUUACUCGGUGCAAGGAAUUAUUUCUUGACCAAAAAAAUCUUUUCUCGCCCCAAGACAAUUUUUGUAUUUAAUUGAUAAUGCAUAAAAUUUCUUGGUGCAAAUUAAAAUUUUUUGCGGCAAGAAAUCCUUUUUUUCUGCGUAUUUUAUAAAUUUAGUAGUGAUAUUUGGGCAGUCACGUAGUGACUGUAGGUUGCUCGUAAAUUAUAAGUAUUUAUAUUAAGAAUUAGUUGCAUAAUAAAUGUGAAAGUAAUUACUUAAAUACUUUACAUAUUAUACAUAUUUAUGUAUAGGAUUUAUUGCUCAUUUUGGAAAAAAAAUAAAAU